AUGGGAAACUGCUUCUCCGACCCCUCGCACCCGCCGAAACCAAAGGGCAAAGGCCAAGUCCUCGGUUCUGCCCCCGCCCCCUCUUCCACUUCUCACCAACCGCAACAGCAAGGAUACUCGCAGAGCACAGCGGGGUCUCAGAGACAAGGUGGAGGGAGGAUCAAUAGCCAGCCAGCGCAGAGUUUGGGAGGAAGUGUGAAUGGGGGAGGAGGAGGGGAUGCGAGGGAUAGAGCGUUGAGGGCUGCUGAAGAGAGAGCCAAAGCUGCGCAAGGAAAGGGAGUGCACGCUUCCAACCCCAAAGCCGGGCAAUUAUCCGGCAAGCUGGCGGCACAAGGACGGACGAGUGCUGCUCAAGGGAACCAGAAUGAGCGAAUGAUGGUGAGCUUGAUACACUCAGCCAGGGCUGGGGCCGGGGGUCAGCGCUGA